AUGACACGCAUCUUCAUGACCGGCGCCAGUGGCUAUAUCGGCUCUGUCGUCGUCGAACAAGCCAUUCCUAAAGGAUACCAAAUCUACGCCCUCUCGCGAUCCGAAGCCAGUGACGAGAAGAUCAAAGCCCAAGGCGCAGUUCCUAUUCGGGGUGAUCUCAAGUCCUACGAUGUCCUCCGCGAACAGAGUGCCCAAGCUGAUAUUGUCCUGCAUCUGGCCGAUGCCUAUGCGGGCAACUUUGGCAUGGACUACGCCGAUGUCGUCCGUAUCGACAACGCCGCUGUGGAUGCCAUCGGUGCUGGGCUAGAAGGGAGCAACAAACCUCUCGUCAUCACAUCCGGAACAUUGGUAGAGUCAGCCUUGUGGGACAAGCCUCUCAACGACCGUAUCAGCUCAGAACAGCACGCCAUGAAGCUAGUCAACAAAGGCAUCAAGGUCUCUGCGGUCCGUCUCUCCCCUUUUGUCUACGGCCGUGGUGCCAGUGGUGUUCGUCUUUUCAUGAUGAUGUUUGCCAAUGGCGGCGAAGUUUUUUAUGUCAACAACGGCGACGUCAAAACCUCAGCCGUCCACGUCGAUGACGCCGCUACUUUAUUCAUCCUGGCUGCUGAAAAAGCCAAUGUUGGUGAUAUCUUCAACGCUACUUCCAUCAACGACGUCACAACCCGUGAAAUAUCUGAAGCCAUUGGGUCUAUCCUUGACCUCCCUGUCAAGUCCUUCUCAUAUGAUGACACCGUAUCUAAAUUCGGCGAGUUCCUAGCUCGUUUCCUUAAUGCAGAGAACCAGCCAUCUGGGGCUAAGGCGAAGAGUCAGUUGGGCUGGGAUCCCAAGGGCUUGAGCAUUAUUGAUGAUAUCAAGAUUGGUUCGUAUGUAGCUGUUGCUGAGGGGUUGAAAAAACCUGUUGCUUAG